AUGAGGAAUUUACGAAAAGCGGUCAGCGUGCUCGUGGAGCCAGCUUUUCCCUCAACCAAUUUCCCAGUCUCAUCGAAGAAAACAACGGUACUCUUGCUUGGAUGGGCAGCGGCACGAGAUGAACACCUUUCGAAGUAUUCUGAAAUCUAUGAGAGAAGAAGGUAUUCGAGAGAUGUUUCUGGUGUUGUCGGAGAUCUGCGCACGGUUCUCGAACGCCCUGACACUCGCCUAGCAUUGCAUUUGUUUAGUAUGAAUGCUGUCUAUACGCAGUUCGUUCGUUCUCAAAUGGGCAUGAGUCUGUCCAAUUUCACCCCUUAUCACUUCGUUCGAGACCAUCCUUCCAUACCUAAGAAUCUGUUGUUCGUUUAUUCCGACAGGGAUACGAUUUGUCCACCA